AUGCAUGUAACUUUGUCCAAACUGGUAGGGUUCAUUUUUGUGACUCACCUUGUUAGCCCCUGUAACAGUGUGAAGAGAAGUAACCGCAGAGGUGAAGCUCUCGUUUGCUUCAUCCCCCGGAGUGAUUUCUUUUACCGAAGGAAUGGCUUCCAUGGGGGGAGGAAAGCGAGGUGGAGGAGGAGUUGUGGGAUCAGGAAUGGAGGAAGCCUCACUAUGAAUGACUCCAGGGGGGGUGACACUAAUGACACGGUUGCCACGUCUGUCAUGAAUACCACGAAUAGUGGUAAUACCUGCAGUGCCGCCCUGCGGGAGGAGUACCUUGAGAGGAUGCUGAGCGAGGGGGACACGAUAUACGCGCUGAGCUCGGGCAGGGACGUGAGCGCCAUAGCGGUGGUGCGUAUGUCGGGCCCCCUGAGCAGGAUCGUGCUGGAGGUGCUGUUGCAGGGGGGGGAAAGCAAUCAAAUACUCGGUCAGGGGAACAGUGAGGGGUGUGGUGAAGCAAAUGGUGAACCCCCCAUAGACAGUCCCUCCAGGAGGAAAAAAACAGAGUACAACCUCGACGAAGUAAUAAAGCUAAGGAAGCACCUCGAAGAAAGAAAAAUGUACAACGGGGAAAUAUACAGCAAUUGCCACGAACCGAUCGACCAGAUAAUGUAUACCUUUUUUAAGAGUCCAAAGUCGUAUACAGGAGAAGAUGUGGUUGAGAUCUACUGUCAUGGAUCUCCCCUAAUUGUGAACGAACUUAUGGACGAGAUCGAAAAAUUAAAUGCCCUUUUUAGCAACCUAUUGAAAUAUGAGAAGGAAAAGUAUUAUAGCCAAAAUGGUAAGAAGGAAAAUUUCACCUGCACAUAUUCAGAAGAAAUUUGGAACAAAUUAUUAACCCCAAGAAAUGAUGCUUCUUUUAACAAAAUAAGGUUAAGUAUGAAGGGCGAAUUCACCAGAAGAUCUUUCCUAAAUGGAAAAAUGAAUUUACUCCAAGUGGAGGGAUUGAAGGAGUUACUUUGGUGCAAGAAGAAGGAACAAAAAAAAAUUGCGUUGAAUUAUUUAAAAGGACAUGCAAGGAACGUCUACUUGACGCUGCGGAAUAACAUGAAAAAGCUUCUGCUGUACACACAGGUUAAGAUCGACCUGGAGGACGAACACUUAUCCUCCAACGAGGAGAGAAGCUAUCUGAACGAAUUUGUGAAGCUCCAUCUGAACAACGCAAUUGGAAACAUUAGGGAUAUUCUGAUUAAGCCAAAUGUGGAAGACCUAAGUAACCCCCUGGAUGUACUCCUCUUCGGGCAGGUCAAUUCUGGAAAGAGUACUCUGAUGAAUCGCAUUUGCCGUAGUGAUGUUUCCAUCGUUACGAGGAUUAAGGGGAGCACCAUUGACGUGGUACAGAAGGGGAUAACCGUUGGGGGGAGGUCUUACAACUUUUGUGACUCUGCGGGAGUUAGCGAGCAUGUCCUAAGGGAGGAAUUCCUACGUAGUGGCCACCCCCGUGUGGACACCCCACAUAGGGCACUUGAACGCAUGGGCGUAAAGAAGACACUCAAGUAUCUGCGUAAAAGUGCCUGCGUCUUAAUCAUUCUGAACGUGAGGAAAUACGAAGAGGAGUUGAAAUUUGCCCUUUCCAUUUUGGGCAGCAAAUUUAAAAAGAGGAAAUCCACCACGGAGGAGGCAACAACCCCCCUGCCGCAUUUCAUCAUCUGUGUAAACAAGUGUGACUUAUCCAUUGAUGAAACGCACGAUCAGGUGAGGAGGAACAUAUGGGAAAUCCUAAAGAGGGACUUAGAGAAUCCCCACCUGAGAAGAAUUUACCAAAAUAUUUGGCAGACCAUUUUUUUCGUUUCGUCCAAGGAGGGGCACAACGUGGACGCGCUGUUGGGGGGCCUCAACGAGGUGAUGCAGGCACGGUGUAGAAGUGGGCAUGACAGAAAAAAGGAAGGAAAAAAUGCAGGAGUUGACUUAAGCUCCCCCACGUUCCUCCCCUUCGAGAGGCACAAGACCCACCUGCGGAGGGCACUGAAGCACCUCCUCUUUAUAAAGCGGCACAGACACCUCCUAACUUUUGACAUAAUCGCGGAAGAAAUAAAGCUAGCUGUUAAAGCCCUCAAUGGAAUCAUUGGUGGGUUCAGCCAAACCAAAAUACUAAACGAAAUUCUAGACUCCUUCUGCGUGGGGAAGUAA